UAGAGGCAGUCCCAGAGAGAGCAGGGCUGUUGUGCACACACAUCUCAGACAGCCAUGGGGAACUGGGUGGAGAAUGAAGGACUGUCCAUCUUUGUUGUUCUUGUGUGGCUGGGCUUAAAUGUCUUCCUCUUUUGGUGGUACUAUCUUGUGUAUGAUGUCCCACCAAAAUUCUUCUACACCAGAGUGCUCCUUGGCCGUGCUCUGGCUCUUGCAAGGGCUCCUGCAGCCUGCCUGAACUUCAAUUGCAUGCUGAUUCUGCUGCCAGUAUGUCGAAACCUGCUCUCCUUCCUCAGAGGAUCAAGUGCGUGCUGCUCUACCCGUAUCCGACGACAGCUGGACAGAAACCUCACCUUUCACAAAAUGGUGGCCUGGAUGAUUGCCCUUCACACUGCAAUUCACACCAUUGCACAUUUAUUCAAUGUGGAGUGGAGUGUGCAAGCCCGUGUUGAAGAGAAAGGCACUCUGGCAGCUGCGCUUUCUGGCCUUGGAGACAAACCAAAUGAAAGCUAUGUCAACUUUUUUAGACAAACUAUUGGGAACCCCGUUGGGGGCCUAUAUGUGGCUUUCACGUACUUGGCUGGCAUCACUGGGGUUGUGAUCACGCUGGCCCUCAUCCUCAUCAUCACCUCAUCCACCAAAACCAUCCGGAGGUCGUAUUUUGAAGUGUUUUGGUACACCCACCAUCUCUUUGUCAUCUUCUUCAUUGGCCUYGUCAUCCACGGUGCUGGUCGUAUUGUACGGGGACAGACAGCUGAAAGUCUGGCUGAACAUAACCCAGAGAUUUGCUACAAGAACUUCAGUCACUGGGGGAAGAAUCCAGCUUGCCCAAUUCCUCAGUUUGCAGGGAAUCCUCCUAUGACAUGGAAGUGGGUGGUAGGUCCCAUGUUUCUGUACCUGUGUGAGCGGCUGGUGCGYUUUUGGAGGUCACAGCAGAAGGUUGUUAUCACAAAGGUGGUCAUUCAUCCUUUCAAGACAAUUGAGCUGCAGAUGAUGAAGAAGGGCUUCAAGAUGGAGGUUGGACAAUACAUUUUUGUCAAAUGCCCCGCAGUGUCUAAACUGGAAUGGCAUCCAUUYACCUUGACUUCUGCUCCAGAAGAGGAUUAUUUCAGCAUUCAUGUCCGUAUUGUAGGAGAUUGGACAGAGGGCUUGUUCAAUGCCUGUGGRUGUGACAAACAAGAAUUCCAGGAGGCAUGGAAGAUGCCUAAGAUAGCUGUGGAUGGCCCCUUUGGAACAGCGAGUGAGGAUGUGUUCAGUUAUGAAACYGUGAUGCUCGUUGGAGCUGGAAUAGGGGUCACCCCCUUUGCAUCUGUCCUGAAGUCUGUCUGGUACAAAUACUGCCAUGAUGCAACCAACCUAAAGCUCAAGAAGAUUUAUUUUUACUGGCUUUGCAGGGACACACAUGCYUUCGAAUGGUUUGCUGACCUCUUGCAAUCUCUGGAGGCUCAAAUGCAGGAGAGGGACAACGCAGAGUUUCUGAGCUAUAACAUCUACCUUACAGGCUGGGAUGAAACUCAGGCCACUCACUUCGUAGUGCAUCAUGAAGAAGAGAAAGAUGUGAUUACAGGACUUAAACAGAAAACCUUGUAUGGAAGACCUAACUGGGAAAAUGAGUUCAAAACAAUUGCAGAGAAGCAUCCUGGCUCCAGAGUAGGUGUUUUUCUCUGUGGCCCCGAGGGCCUGGCUGACACACUCAACAAGCAGAGCAUCAGCAACUCAGAAGCUGACCCACGAGGAGUGCACUUCAUUUUUAACAAAGAAAACUUCUAACUCCCAGGCACGUGGGAGUCAUUAAAUACAAAGUCUAAARACUGAAUUUGWUUUUCUGUUUGGAGUUUGGGAAGGACACCCCAGCUUCUAAAUUUCAGCAUUUGUUUUUCUGUUUGGAGUUUGGGAAGGACAGCCCAGCUUCUAAAUUUCAGCAUUUGUUUUUCUGUUUGGAGUUUGGGAAGGACAGCCCAGCUUCUAAAUUUCAGCUACACUAACGCAGGUCCCUUUGCUUCUUGGGAAUUAUUUUGGCGCUGUGCUAGAGUAAAAGAGUCACGUUUUACCUUAGGGAAGUUUUCACUGCCCUCCACGAGCCGGCUAUUURGUAGAAAUCCGUUUUCUUUGUGUCUGUGAGAGGAUUUCUCCUCAAUUAACUCCCUUUAUCCUCCUAUUAUCCACCRCGACUGUUGAAGAGUGGMG